CCUUGCGCAUUGCAUGUUUAUUGAGGAGUAAAUCCCACUAUGUUGAAUGGGGCUUUCUCCCAGAGAGGCUGGGGAAGCGAUUUCCGUUUGGGAAGAGGGGCGGUGCUUGGAGUGCGCAACAUGGCGGCUAAGAGACAGCGUGGAGCCGGUAAAAGAGCGCCUACGGGGCCGAAGAGAAAACGUGCUAAGAAGGCUCCAGAGCGAACGGGUGAGGGAGAAGAGGAGAAGAAGAAAGCCGCGUCCUCCGUGGUCGGUUCGGGACAGCAUGAGUACUUCGUACCACCCCCAGUCUCUCAGGGCAAAUGGAAAAACAAAGAAAGAGUGCUCAUUUUCUCAUCCAGAGGGAUCAAUUUUAGGACAAGACAUCUAAUGAAAGACUUAAGAAUGUUGAUGCCCCAUUCUAAAGCAGACACCAAAAUGGACAGAAAGGACAAACUAUUCAUAGUUAACGAGGUCUGUGAAAUGAAAAACUGCAAUAAGUGCAUAUUUUUUGAAGCAAAGAAGAAGCAGGAUCUUUAUGUAUGGCUUUCAAAUGUUCCCCAUGGACCAUCAGCUAAGUUUUUAGUACAAAAUAUUCACACACUGGCUGAACUGAAGAUGACUGGGAAUUGUUUGAGAGGCUCCCGACCCCUUCUGUCUUUUGAUCAGACUUUUGACCAGGAGCCCCAUUAUGCAUUGCUGAAAGAGCUGCUUAUUCAGAUCUUUAGUACUCCACACUAUCACCCCAAAAGCCAGCCUUUUGUAGAUCAUGUCUUCACAUUCUCCAUAACAGACAAGAGGAUUUGGUUUCGAAAUUACCAGAUCGUAGAUGAUGGAGCCCUUGUAGAAAUUGGGCCUCGCUUUGUUUUAAACCUUAUCAAGAUCUUCCAGGGCAGCUUUGGAGGACAAACCUUGUAUGAAAACCCUCAUUAUCAGUCUCCAAAUAUGCAUCGGCGGACAAUAAGACUAGCCACAGCAGCUAAAUUCAAAGAAAAGCAACAAAUGAAAGAGCUCCAGAAACUGAGGAAGAAAGAAGAGAAGCCACUUAUUCUUGAUGAUCCCACGGAACAAGUUUUUGAAACUCCAGCAGAGGAAAAGCCCAUGGAGAUAGAACUGGUGAAACCAGAGCCAAAAGUUAGCUUGAAGAAGAAAAAUAAAUUGCAUCAGCGAGAGAGGAAGCUGAAGAAAAGACUGGGUGGAAUUGGAGCAUAGAAUAUUCGAAGGGGUGGGGAAAUUAACUGUGACUUGAUAACACAACCAUUUAAUCAGCUUUUACUAUUGUUUGUAUAACUGAUUUUUGUACAGGAACUUUAUAAACAUAUAUGUCAUUCAGCGUGGGCUAGUUUUGUAAUUUGCAAGUAACUUUUUUCCGUGUGUCUUUUAAUAUGGCUUCUAAAAUGCUUAAGUAAAUAAAAAAUCUAUGGAGAACAGCUUGGAAAAAUGUCCAGCAGUUUAGUAGCAGUUUCUCUGUGCUACUUCAACAGGAACAGCCCACAUCCAUUUGCCCUACUCCUCUAUGUUGGUUGAACAUUGUCUGGUGCAGAGUUUGACUGCUCCCAGCUCCCAACACUUUAAUGAGGAAAUCUUAAAGACUUGGAGCUUCCUCUGUGUAUGGUUACAUGAUUUUUAAUGUUGCUGUGAGAAAAUGCAGUAGCUAAUAGAGUAGAGAGUUUUCCAGCAGAUGCCAUUGCUGUGUUAGCCUGUUGCCAUUCAUGUGUUAUAUAGGGUAGUGUGUGUCCUAUUUCCUGUGCCUGUGGGUCCAUCAGUGGGGCAGCCCUUUCUUUUUCCACAGCUGAUGCUAAGGUUGUUUGUGUUCCAUGAGUUCAAAAUGAAAUUCUGCAGCAAGAAAAGUUGAAUUCUACAACCUGUAAAUUAAAGAUGGACGUGCCUGGUUUUUUACUAUA